CGCCAUGGGGAAGUUCCCAUAGGAAUACGUGGAUGACGUCAGCGCUACCGCUAUCUCUUGGUUUUAAUAUCUAUGGCUUCACAGCGUUGUUUCUGAAACCAGGAAGAUGGGUUUGGAAUCGUCGAAAUGGGUUAUAAUAUUCUUAGUUUGUUGGCUUUACAAAAGUAAGUUUACCUUUCGUUUAUAAUACUAGCUACAUGCGUUCACUUACCUAUUUAUUACCGUUUUAGUUUGGCUGAGCAAGUUAUCCUCUUUGUUGGGGCAUUGGCUAUUUCCAUUGUAACUCGCAGCUAACGUUACCUAGCUUAUAGACCAAGCCAAGUAUAUAGAUUCUAGCCUGUUACAACGAUGUUGCUGACAGUGAGGUCAUAUUUUUACCCUAUUGUACUCUUCGACAAACAAAAUGAUGUAGCUAGUUUGUUGAAGUCGCGUAUGAGAUGCACUUAGAUAGCUAGGUUAAACUGAUAGCUACUGUAACUCGUGAUCUUAAGGCAAGCGGGCGGCUAUACAGGCAUUACAGGCUUCAGGAUGACUAGAUGAAAGAACAUUGGAUGUGUAACAAUAUGGUUAGGUGUCUUGGGAAUGGGAAUAUUUCACUACAGAAACUGGCCACUUCAAUUGUAUUUUUCUUUUGUCUUUCAGAUGUGAGCUGUAACUCUGUUGAGCAGAAGAUUUAUGUGGUGCUGAAUAACACUGUACCAUGCGUUCGACUGCUCAAUGCUACACAUCAGAUUGGCUGCCAGUGUGAGUGACAUAACAUGACACACACUGCUUGGUACAAUACUGGGGGGGGGGGAUUUCUUUGUAGAAGUCAUUUCCGGUUACUUUUUAAAAGGACAUUCUACUCCAAAAUGAAUUAAAAUCUAAUCACCAUCUAUCUAUAAUCACCCCUUCCCAGAAUUGAACCCAAUUUACAUAUUGGUAAAACAAUUUUUUAGGGUUGACUAUUUUACGAUAGCAUUUUUUACAUUAAAUAGGCCUAAUACACCUACCGUGGCACACUUUCAAGAUGCUAGAGAGCUCGACAUGUGCGACUGUGUGUGUGUGUGCGUGUAAGAUGGCGCUGCAGUGCAUAGCAGCCGUCUUAUGGGUUCCUGACCAAUUCUGCUAUUUUUAUAAACAUUUACGCUGAUCUUAACUUUUUUCUACAUAAUGUCUCGUUGUAGAAGGAAUGUGGGAGUCAUUUCUGGUGACUUUAAAAAAAGGACAUUCUACUUCAAAUUGAAUUAAAAUCUAAUGGAUGCCAACGCCAUCUAUCUAUAAAUCGUAACUUGUACAUAAUGUCUCCGCCAUAAUUUCCUCGACCAAAAACAGCUUCUGGACAUCAGAACAGCGAUCAUUAUCUCGAUUUGGACGAUUUCUACUUCAACGAUUCGGCAGCUCUGGAUGUUCUGCUUACUCCGGACCAGGCCCUGAUCCCCAGGACUCGAAAGAGGCAGUGAAAAAGAGGCAAGCGAGCCGGCCCCCUUACUAGACUACUUCUGUGAGCAAAUUGCCCUCUGUUCUAUUGGCAAACAUGCAAUCACUGGAGAACAAACUGGAUGAGCUCCGUUCAAAACUAUCCUAUCAACGGGACAUGAAAAAAUUUAAUAUCCUAUGUUUAUCACAGUCGUGGCUGAACAAGGACAUGGAUAUACAUCUUGCUGGUUUUUCUAUGCAUCGUCUAGACCGAAGGCAGACUUGGGUAAGACAAAGGGAGGAGGAGUGUGUCUCUUUGUUAACAACAGCUGGUACGCGAUCUCUAAUGUUAAGGAAGUCUCAAGUUUUUGCUCACCUGAGUUAGAAUACCUCAUGAUACAGGUUUUUUUCUGGAUCAAAAGGGGGCUUAGGUGGUGGGCGUGGCAGGGGGCGCAGUCAGCCCUUCAGUGCGGCUGAAUUUUAGAAAACAUUUUAGAGGCCCCCAUCUUCGCUGUGUAGAGAGCAAAGAGAAAAGGUUGCAGUUUUCCUGCAAUUCUAUGCCUUUUGCCAUUUGCCAUGGCUAAUGCUGUGCUCUUUUGCUCAAACAUAAUAGCAAAAUGUAUACUGCUGAAUUAAUUGUUUUGGGAUUAAAAAAUUCUCCCAGAUUGUGUAGCUUUUAUUUUGUUGAUUGUAGUUUGUUUGUGUGUGUGCAGUGCAUUCAGAAAGUAUUCAGACCCCUUCCCUUUUUCCACUUUGUUACGUUACAUCCUGUUUCCAUUGAUCAUCCUUGAGAUAUUGCUACAACUUGAUUGGAAUCCACCUGUGGUAAAUUCAAUUGAUUGGACAUGACUUGGAAAGGCACACACCUGUCUAUAUAAGGUCCCACAGUUGACAGUGAAUGUCAGAGCAAAAACCAAGCUAUGAGGUCGAAGGAAUUGUCCGUAGAGCUCCGACACAGGAUUGUGCCGAGAUACAGAUCUGGGGAAGGGGACCUUCAAUGAUGCAGACAUUUUUGGUACCCAAGAACACAGUGGCCUCCGGCCAAACUGAGCAAUCGGGGGAGAAGGGCCUUAGUCAGGGAGGUGACCAAGAACCCGAUGGUCACUCUGACAGAGCUCCGGAGUUCCUCUGUGGAGAUGGGAGAACCUUCCAGAUGGACAACCAUCUCUGCAGCACUCCAACAAUCAGGGCUUUAUGGUAGGGUGGCCAGACGGAAGCCACUCCUCAGUAAAAGGCACAUGACAGCCCGCUUGGAGUUUGCCAAAAACUUCUUAAGUGCCUUUUGAAGCUGGUUCAGAGAAUGCCAAGAGUGUGCAAAGCUGUCAUCAAGGCAAAGGGUGGCUACUUCGAAGAAUCUCAAAUAUGAAAUAUAUUUUGAUUUGUUUAACACUUUUUUCGGUUAUUGUGUUAUUUCAUAGUUUUAAUGUCUUCACUAUUAUUCUACAAUGUAGAAAAUAGUAAAAAAAAUAAAGAAACCCUGGAAUGAGUAGGUGUCCAAACUUUUGACUGGUACUGUAGGUCAAUUAUAUUUUCUACAAACUUUCUGACUGUUUCUAGUCUUAGGUUUACACUGAAACCGUUUUUCCAUGCCGAAAAUGUAUUACAAAUGGUGUGGCGGCAACAAUUUAGCAGCAGGGGAAACACUGACUGUGAUUUGUAUCCAAGCUGUACUUUUUGUAAUGCUGGAAUACAGAUUGAAGAUUUGCAUACUAAGACAAGCGUUUUUUCUAUCCUGUGUGUCAGCCUCGAUAUCAGGUGAUACAGGUGUGAUCCAUUUCUUGGAGUCUGAGGCAGAUCUGGAAUGGCCUUUGAGCAAAGGACCCAAUCCUCCUUAUAUGGUUGUGUUGGAAUCAUCCCUCUUCACCAGGUAGGCUACACACAGCCACAUUUUUGACCUCCAGAACAAAGUUGGAACACACUCACUGUGACUAUCGUUCAUCACAGCCGGACAAUGAUAUGAUCCAUAUCCUAGUAGCCCCGUCACGCUCAAGGAUUGUCUUCUCUCUACAGGUCUAUCAUGAUGAAGAUGAAGAAUGAAUCCAGCAGGGUAGCUGGGGUUGCAGUGGUGAUCCCAAAUACUAGCCCACCAGAGUUCUCGCCACACACAACAUGUCCCAAUGAGAACACAGGUAGGUUGAUCAGACAUUUGGACUCCAGUCCGUCAAAAUGACUAUAUGAUCUUUGCUAACUUAAACGUCAUUUGGUUUACUUUUUCCUCAGGCGUAUACUCCGACAACUAUGGUCCUAAUUUGGCACAUUGUAACAGUACUGUAUGGAACCCUCUGGGGAACGGUCUAUCCUAUGAGGAAUUUGACUUCCCUGUCUUCUCCCUGAACGAAGACAAUGAAACAGAGUUAAUCAAACAGGUGAGGGGUCACUUCAAGCAGUCACAACCCAGUCAGGGUUAAUGUCAUGUCACUUCAUGACCAUGAACUGUCUUUAUCUGAAUUAUCUUAUUAUGCUACAGUAUUUCUGUGUAUUGAAACUGGACCCUUCAUUCUGAUAAAUGUAUCUACCCUACUUGCAGUGCUACUUUGACCAUAAUCGUGCGGUGAAUGGCAGUGCCCCACAGUACCCUCUGUGUGCCAUGCAGCUCUUCUCCCACAUGCACGCUGUCACCAAUACUCCAACCUGCAUGAGACGCAACAACAUCAACUAUAGCAUCAACCCAGGUACACAAACAGCCACUGUCGUAAGCAUAGAUACAUUAUUGUUAGGGCCAUGCUUUUUAGGCACUUUGCUUUUACCAGUAUUUCCAGUAUUAUCCACUAAGUUUGCUGCAGGUAGAAAAUCCUAGGAAAUGUUCUUUAAUUUUCUUCAAUCAAUCAAGCAAUGUCUGGUUGUGCUUUUGUGUUUGGUGGGGGGAUCGCCUAAAGGAGUCAGCAUGCUCCAGUUCGGCUGGCGCCUAGCCGAACUCGGCAAGGCGAACUGAACAAGUGUGCUCGCAUACUCCCUUAAAAUACCUUCUCUUGAAAAAAACGAGAAAAAAGCGGCAAUAGUACGGUUUGUCCAUUUUGAGACGCCGUAGCCAGUAUACACUUUCUCAAAAUAUAAAUUUGGACGUUUUUGCCGAGAUCUUAGUCGCACAAUUUUACAUCUAACUAACAUGCUGACUAGACUUGGUAUGCGCGUGCACCAUCGCGCGCAUUUUGAUUUUGUCCAUCCACACCAGACGCGAUCAGGACACACAGGUUGAAAUAUCAAAACGAAUUCUGAACCAACUAUAUUAAGAUGGGGACAGGUCAAAACGCAUAAAAUAUUAAUGGCUAGCUAGCUACUUGCUGUUGCUAGCUAAUUUGUCCUGGGAUAUAAACAUUGGGUUGUUAUUUUACCUGAAAUGCAUAAGGUCCUCUACUCCGACAAUGAAUCCACAAAUAAAAGGGUAAACCUAGUUAGUUUCUAGUAAUCUCUCCUCCUUCAGUUUUCUUCUUUGGACUUUAUAUGGCAGUUGGCAACCAACUUUAAGGUGCAGUACCACCACCAACUGGACUGGAGUGUGGACCUCAGUUCAUCUUUCAAUCACCCACAUGGGUAUAUGCUCCUAAAAACCAAUGAGGAGAUGAGCCCCGUGUAGCUCAGUUGGUAGAGCAUGGCGCUUGCAACGCCAGGGUUGUGGGUUCGAUUCCCACGGGGGGGCCAGUAUGAAAAAAAAUGAUAAGAGCGUCUGCUAAAUGACAAAAAAAUGAGAGAGGCGGGACUUGCAGCGCGUCAAGCGUAAAAAAUAGAACCAAGUUCUAUUUUAGCGCCUGGCUAUGCAGAUGCUCGUUGACGCACGUGAGCAGUUUGGAUAAAAUUAUUGAAUAACAUGUAUGUGUAAAUAUAUUUUGCAACGCUCGCGCACGUAACGCGAGUGGUGUGGUCAGCAUGUAAGCUGUUUGGUGCAUAAUUUGCAUGAAAACGAGUCGUCUCUCGAUGAAUGACAACAGACUUUACUGAAGAAUCCCUACUCUUGAUCAAUCAUAGACGACGGGGCGUAGACUUCGGCUACCGACUUCUGCUUGCCUCAAGAAAAAAUGGUGUGCCCGAACUGCCGAUGUCCAAAACGAACAAAAUCAUCACAACAUAUACACAAACUCUUCCGAACUGUUUUGGCUGGGAAGCAUGGAGAUGUCUUAAGCCAAGGAAGGCGUAGCGCUGCGAAUCUUGAAUUGUCAAAGUGAGGUUAAGAAUCACUGAUCUACAAAUAGUAUUCCCUGCCAAAUAAUAGGCUUUGUGCGAUUUAAGAUCCGCAGAGCUACACCUCGCCUGGCUUAAGCGAUCCCCCGCACCAAACACACACGUACAACCAGACAUUGAUUGAUUGGAGACGGCUUGUGUCAAUUAAAUAAAUGUAUGUAAAUGUAAGCCAUGGAAGGCGUAUCUCUGCGAAUCGUAAUCGCACAAAGCCUAUUUGGCUUUGUGGCUAGGUUUGCAGCAGACUUUCUACCUGCUGCAAACCUAGUAGAUAAUACUGGAAAUACUGGUAAAAUCAAAGUGGAAAAAAACCAUGGCCCUAAUUAUUGUGUAUAUGUGAAUAGUUAGUAUACACAUUCAGUCAUGUACACUGAGUGUACAAAACUGUGCUCUUUCCAUGACAUAGACUGACCAGGUGAAAGCUAUGAUCCCUUAUUGAUGUCACCUGUUAAAUCCACUCCAAUCAGUGUAGAUGAAGGGGAGGAGACAUGUUAAAUAAGUAUUUUUAAGCCUUGAGAUAAUUGAGACAUGGAUUAUGUAUGUGUGCCAUUCAGCGGGUGAAUGGGCAAGACAAAAGAUUGAAGUGCCUUUGAACUGGGUGUGUCAAGAACUGCAACGCUGCUGGGUUUUUCACGCGCAACAGUUUCCCGUGUGUACCAAGAAUGGUCCACCACACAAAGGAUAUCCAGCCAACUUGACACAACUAUGGGAAGCAUUGGAGUCAACAUGGGCCAGCAUCCCUGUGGAACGCUUUCGACAUAUUGUAAUCCAUGCCCAGAAGAAUUGAGACUGAGGGCAAAACGGGUGUAACUCAAUAUUAGGAAGAUGUUCCUAAUGUUUUGUACACUCAGUGUAUAUCUCACACACAUAUCUACCUCUCUCACAGAGAUGGUGUGUGACCCUCUGAGUGAUAAUAAUGUUUGGGGUUCCAUCCGGCCCUAUAACGACACAGUCUUCGGCCACAAGGAGAACGAGAGCGUUGUUAUAGCAGCAGCCAGGGUGAGUGACACAAAGAAUGCCUGCCUCCCUCUUCCACAUCUUGUCACAUGUUCACAUAUGUCUAAUGCUGCGUUCAUAACCAAGUGGGAAGGUGGUAAUUACCAGUUGGAUGCUUUGAACUCGUUGAGAAACACCAAUUGGCUAAUGGCCAACAUGCUGCAUCAACCAUAAACUAAAAGUACAGCUACAGUGGGGAGAACAAGUAUUUGAUACACUGCCGAUUUUGCAGGUUUUCCUACUUACAAAGCAUGUCGAGGUCUGUAAUUUUUAUCAUAGGUACACUUCAACUGUGAGAGACGGAAUCUAAAACAAAAAUCCAGAAAAUCACAUUGUAUGAUUUUUAAGUAAUUAAUUUGCAUUUUAUUGCAUGACAUAAGUAUUUGAUACAUCAGAAAAGCAGAACUUAAUUUGGUACAGAAACCUUUGUUUGCAAUAUCAGAGAUCAUACGUUUCCUGUAGGUCUUGACCAGGUUUGCACACACUGCAGCAGGGAUUUUGGCCCACUCCUCCAUACAGACCUUCUCCAGAUCCUUCAGGUUUCGGGGCUGUCGCUGGGCAAUACGGACUUGCAGUUCCCUCCAAAGAUUUUCUAUUGGGUUCAGGUCUGGAGACUGGCUAGGCCACUCCAGGAUCUUGAGAUGCUUCUUACGGAGCCACUCCUUAGUUGCCCUGGCUGUGUGUUUCGGGUCGUUGUCAUGCUGGAAGACCCAGCCACGACCCAUCUUCAAUGCUCUUACUGAGGGAAGGAGGUUGAUGGCCAAGAUCUCGCGAUACAUGGGCCCCAUCCAUCCUCCCCUCAAUACGGUGCAGUCGUCCUGUCCCCUUUGCAGAAAAGCAUCCCCAAAGAAUGAUGUUUCCACCUCCAUGCUUCACGGUUGGGAUAGUGUUCUUGGGGUUGUACUCAUCCUUCUUCUUCCUCCAAACACGGCGAGUGGAGUUUAUCCCAAAAAGCUCUAUUUUUGUCUCAUCAGACCACAUGACAUUCUCCCAUUCAUUUACAUUUUAGUCAUUCCUCUGGAUCAUCCAGAUGGUCAUUGGCAAACUUCAGACGGGCCUGGACAUGCGCUGGCUUGAGCAGGGGGACCUUGCGUGCGCUGCAGGAUUUUAAUCCAUGACGGCGUAGUGUGUUACUAAUGGUUUUCUUUGAGACUGUGGUCCCAGCUCUCUUCAGGUCAUUGACCAGGUCCUGCCGUGUAGUUCUGGGCUGAUCCCUCACCUUCCUCGUGAUCAUUGAUGCCCCACGAGGUGAGAUCUUGCAUGGAGCCCCAGACCGAGGGUGAUUGACCGUAAUAAUAAUAAUAUAAUAUGCCAUUUAGCAGACGCUUUUAUCCAAAGCGACUUACAGUCAUGCGUGCAUACAUUUUUGUGUAUGGGUGGUCCCGGGGAUCGAACCCACUACCUUGGCGUUACAAGCGCCGUGCUCUACCAGCUGAGCUACAGAGGACCACAUCUUGAACUCUUCCAUUUUCUAAUAAUUGCGCCAACAGUUGUUGCCUUCUCACCAAGCUGCUUGCCUAUUGCCCUGUAGCCCAUCCCAGCCUUGUGCAGGUCUACAAUUUUAUCCCUGAUGUCCUUACACAGCUCUCUGGUCUUGGCCAUUGUGGAGAGGUUGGAGUCUGUUUGAUUGAGUGUGUGGACAGGUGUCUUUAAAACAGGUAACGAGUUCAAACAGGUGCAGUUAAUACAGGUAAUGAGUGGAGAACAGGAGGGCUUCUUAAAGAAAAACUAACAGGUCUGUGAGUGCCGGAACUCUUACUGGUUGGUAGGUGAUCAAAUACUUAUGUCAUGCAAUAAAAUGCAAAUUAAUUACUUAAAAAUCAUACAAUGUGAUUUUCUGGAUUUUUGUUUUAGAUUCCGUCUCACAGUUGAAGUGUACCUAUGAUAAAAAUUACAGACCACUACGUGCUUUGUAAGUAGGAAAACCUGCAAAAUCGGCAGUGUAUCAAAUACUUGUUCUCCCCACUGUAUCAUGCUUGUAAACAAAUGAUGGCGUUCAAAACCCAUGUGAAUAGAUUUGCUUUUUAUAAAUAAUGUUUUGUUACAUUUAACUGCUGAAAAUUCUGUUAUCAAGGUCAUUUCCUUAGUAGGUGACGUCAAAGGUCAGCAUGUGGGAGAAGACGGAGCUCAGGGAUGAUGGACGAGUUUCCCACUAGUAAUUACGAGUUGGAGGGGCGUUCAAGUGGAUUCUUCCCAGUCGUAUGCGUUAAAUACCACCUUCCCACUUGGUUAUGAACGCAGCAUAAGCCUUUUGGAAUUUAUGCAAAACAGUAUACAAGAUGAGCCACAUUCUUGUGUGUGGUAUACACAUCUUGAUUUAAUGAGCUUAAAAAGUGCUUUGGUAAUUUGCUCAGUACCAUUUCCUUCCUAUACAAUCCUUACAUCGUUUUUCCUUGUUGACUGGACACCUUGCACUCUCUGCAUUUUUGUAGCUGGACAGCAGGGCAUUUUUCUGGGAGGUUUCAACUGGAGCAGAGGGAAGUAUCUCAGGGUUUGUCACUCUGCUUGCUGCUGCCCAGGCACUGCGUGAAGUCACUCACGAGGCCCCUCCCACACGGAAUAUCCUCUUUGCCUUCUUCCAAGGGGUGAGUUCCUUCUCUCCCUAAGCAAGUCGUCUAGUAUGUGUCAAUUAUGGUACAUGAGUCCCAUGUGGUCACUAUCAUAUAGCAGUAUUGUUUAGUGUUGUACUAUAUGAGCAAGGAUGUUGAUAGCUUAUUCCUCUCUUUCAGGAAGCCUUUGACUACAUUGGCAGCUCUCGGAUGGUUUACGACAUGGAGAAGGGCAAAUUUGUGAUAGACCUGGACAAUGUUCACUCAAUACUAGAGAUUGGUCAGGUAAGGACUUGCGUAUACAGUCUCAUUGAAUACUCAAACACACACAGGCAUCAUUUUGCAAAACACAUGGAUAUACAAUCAACCAAUAAAGAGUGAUGGAUCUUUUGUUAUUUGUAAGGUGGCCGUGCACAGUGGCACCAACCUCUUUCUCCACUCAGACCCUGUGUCCAGGAGGAACAACACCGUCAAUGACGAGGUGAGGGAGUUACAUGUUUCUCUUUGUGCCUCUUACCUGGGCCACCCCUUUUUUCUAUACUCUUUAUACUUUCUCUCAACCCACGUUUCCCAACCUCUUACUCUGUUUCAGAUUACGAAUCUUGUGAAGAACUUACAGUCCUCCACGGCUGGGCUCAGCUUCUUAUUGGUUGAGCCUGGUGUGUCUCAGCCACUCCCGCCCUCCUCCCUCCAGCGUUUCCUGCGAGCUCGGCCAAUCCCAGGGAUUGUGAUUGCAGACCACAAAUCUGCGUUCAACAACAGGUGAGUCAGUGUUUGACUAUGGUCUGUCGUUGCUGUUAAUUUUUAUUAUGGCAAUAUUAAACUUGCCUGAUAUGGAUUUCUUCAUUAGUAGUGAGGAGUGUUCUGUCCUGUUUGCCCAUGCACAGGUACUAUGAGAGUUUUUACGACAACGCUGCUAACCUGAACCUGACUUAUCCAUCUAACUUGAGUCCAGAGGAACAGCUGGAGUUUGUGACUGAUACUGCAAAGGUAUUCUUACCAUAGCAAUCCCACUGAUCCACCCAUUGCAGUAGGUACAGUUGCCUUUACAUCGUGACCCACUGUUACAAUAAUAUAUUCCUCCUUCCUCCCUCACUGUACUCUUUCAGUCUCUUACUGAUGUGGCUACGUUGGUUGCACGUGCUCUCUACAAGCAGGCCGGGGGAGACGAGUCCAAAGUCAACACCAUCAAGGCAGACCCCAAAAUAGUGAGACUCGAUGAAUGAUGACCUGUUCAGCUGUUGUACAUGUCAUACUGAUAUAGUCUGUUAUUUUCCAUGACUGUCUGUCAAUAUUUCUGUUAACAUCAGUCACUUGUUCAUUCUAAGCAUCUAACAUCUUUUCAAAUUGAAGUUUUUGGGACAGAAACAGAAUUGUUUGACCAAACACUGCAUCUCUCUCUCAGGUUACCCAGAUGCUGUAUGGGUUUCUGGUUAGUUCCAACAACAGCUGGUUUCAGGCAAUGAUGUCCCCAGACCUACAGGACAUUCUCAGUGAGUUUUAGUCUGAUACUUUCUCACUAGGAAACACCCUUUGACCCUACAGAGGCAGUCUGCUACUACCAACGUCGUAAACACACAGGCAGAUAUGGAGCAUGCGUACAUGUUUACUAGUCACAGACACACUCGCAUCCAUAAAGAAGGUACUGGGGUACUUGGGUCUUCAUUGCUUUGUGUUUUUCUGUCUCCUAGAGCCCAGCCCACCACAGUACUAUGUUGGUGUUGCCAUGUCUUCCACUCCGACACGUCUGGUCCAGUACCUCCUGGCCAAUUUUACUGGAGCAGCCACCAACCUCACCCAGAGUCAGUGCCAGAAGCCAGAUGAGCUGCCAAACGAGAGCAGACAGGUAGGUGUGCCACUGGAUCUGUCUGUCUGUGUGCAGAUGGAUAGAUGUACAGCGUAUCACUGUUGACAUCGGAAUAAAAAUUGCUUAUUUGUACACUGGUGCUGGAAUCCCACCACACUCUAAUUCACUGUUUCUCUCUCAGAUGUACUCCUAUCUCUGGGUUCAGGGCAUUGUCCCACCCAACAGCACCCAGAGAGAUUCCUUCUGCGUACGUGCAUCGGUACGCCUGACCAGAGCAAUAUCCCCUGCCUUCGAGCUGGGAGAGUAUGCUUCCAAAGACUACUCCACGUGGACAGAAUCACGGUGGAAGUUCAUCAAAGCUAGAAUUUUCCUAGUAGCCAGCCGGGACCUGGAGGUAAAACUGCAGUCAACUUACCUACCAUGAUCCAUAUCUGUUUAAUCAAUUACAGUUGUGUUGCUUAGGUUCAAGUGAUUCUGUUUGAACCAACUAUCAUGUUUAGGUAGUGAAAGUGUCAAAUGCAUUGACAAGUACAAGCAUGUUUUUUUCUCACAGUAUUCACCUUUCUUCUUAAUUUGUCUCUCAUAGAUGCUGACCUUAGGCGUGGGAGUGGCUGUGUUGUUCACAUUCCUACUGCUGACAUACUUUGUCAGCUCCAAGGCAGACGUCCUCUUCAGUUCCGCGAGGGAACCCGCUAGCGCCGCCUACUGAUUACCUCCAGGCGUUUUAACCUGUGACCAGCGACCACUACUCUCCCAACCAAACAGGAACAGACAGCGUUGUUUUUUUUUUGUUUUUUUUACACACGAUAUUGUAGACCGACAGACAGACAAAGAGGUUAGGCAGAAUAGAUUGUUUUAUCUGUGUGAGCCUGAUGGACUCACACAGAUGAGGUUUAACACAUAACUGGAAUUGACUGGCCCGGAUGGAUCCGGACUCAUCAGGGUCAGAUUGCACUGGUCUGUGCCAGUGUAAAAGAUGUUCAUAUUCAUUUUUUUUGUUCAGUCAAAUCAUGUUUUGUUUACUGUAUCAUGGAAGUAGGCACUAGGCUUUGUUUGACUGUGUGUGCUUGCGUGCAUGCGUGUGUGUAAAUGGGAGGUGCUUGCGAGCGUGUGCAAGUGUGUAUGUUGAGGAUGCAGUUGUAGUAUGUGUAGUAGCUUUCUUUUCUCUGUCUGUAGUAUACUGAUCUGUCAUUUCUAGGGAGAAUGAAACCUUACUUCUGGCAAAUAGACUUUGGAUGUGGGUUUAGCUGAAUGACCACUACAGCUGCGUUCACACAGGCAUCCCAAUUCUUAUUUUUAACACUAAUUGGCCUUUUGACCAAUUACAUCAGAUCUUUCCACAUCAGAUCUUUUU